UAUACACUUAAUAUUUUUUGACUAAAUUGUGUGGGGGCAAGCUCCAUUCUGAAGAAGCUGACGAUUUUCUUGUCUCAUUUUUUUCCUUCCAGAAUGGGUUCUGGGUGGGUUCCCUGGGUGGUGGGUCUGUUAGUGAAUCUGAUCAGGCUGAAUUCCUCUAUGACUCAAGGCAGAGACUCUCUAGAAGAUUUUGUGAUUCAGGCAAAGGCUGACUGUUACUUCACCAAUGGGACAGAAAGGGUGCAGUUUGUGGUCAGAUUCAUCUUUAACUUGGAGGAGUAUGCACAUUUCGACAGUGAUGUGGGAAUGUUUGUGGCCUUGACUGAGCUAGGGCAGCCUGAUGUUGAGUUGUGGAACAAUCGGCCAGAUAUAUUGGAGAGAAGUAGAGCUUCUGUGGAUGCGCUCUGCAGACACAACUACAAGCUGGGUGCACCCUUCACUGUGGGGAGAAAAGUGCAACCAGAGGUGACAGUAUAUCUGGAGAAGCUCCCAACCCUGCAGCACCAUAACGUCCUGCUCUGCUCUGUGACAGAUUUCUAUCCAGGGGACAUCAAGAUCAGGUGGUUCCGGAAUGGGCAGGAAGAGAGGGCAGGGGUCAUGUCCACUGGCCUUAUCAGGAAUGGAGACUGGACUUUUCAGAUAACGGUGAUGCUGGAAAUGACUCCUGAAUUUGGAGAUGUCUAUACCUGCCUUGUUGAUCAUGCCAGCCUGCUGAGCCCUGUUUCAGUGGAAUGGAGAGCUCAGUCUGAAUAUUCUUGGAGAAAGAUGCUAAGUGGAGUGAUUGCCUUCCUGCUUGGACUAAUGUUCCUUCUGGUGGGGAUCGCCGUCCACCUUAGGGCUCAGAAAGGAUAUGCAGAGACUCAGCUGUCUGGUGAUAAGGUCUCAAGAUCUGUUCUGCCACCACUGACAUACUAAAGUCCUAACAGAAGCUUCGCCCCCUGGAGUUUGGGGUAGGACUGAGUGGCCUGGGCCCUAGACUAAGUGAAGGACGUCCACGAGGUCAGUGUUCCCAAGCAACUCUAUUCUGCAAGGCCUUGGAGGAGGCCUGAACUGCUUCUGGACUUUUGUAUUCUGAGAUCAUGCAUCUCUCACCCUUCUGCCCAUCCUCCGCUUACUUUUUUAUGUCACGAGUCCCCAUUUCCAAGGAGUGUCCAGAAAUCCCUUUAAGAUUCCUCCUUCCAGUCCCAAACUGCUUACUUUUCUAUGGUCCAGCCCCAAACCUUUAUGUUGUUACCCCAAGUCUUUCUCUUCCAACUGCAGU